AUGGACUUCAUAUGUUUUGUGAAUGCCGUGGGAACGUUUCUUAGCCACCACUUAUUGGCCUCCUAUGUUAAGCUUGAUAUGCUGUCUUUUUUGCAUUACAUUGGCGUAGAUGUCUUUUGGAACUCUACUCGUGCUAGUAAAGCUACUAAUGUCGGUGCUCGGGUUUUCAUUUUUUCAAAGAGCUUUGAGUUUGAGUUGUCCGAUUUUGCUGAUGAUGGUCUAGAACUUGAACUUGAACUUGAACUUGCGACACUGGCAGCAGCCAUGAAUUUGCAUCAUAACUUAGCAAAGAUUCAGGCUGACGCCAUGCCUGAACAUUAUAAAGCAUAA